AUGAGUCUGCUGUUAAGACAGGGUCCGGUGCGUGUUAUCCGGUAACCCACAGCGUGCCUCUUGGUUGGUAGGCUUUCAGUCAUCUUCCCAUUGGCGGCUUAGCGCGUCACGAUGAGGGCGGACAGCGGUGUGGACCACACAGCCUGUGUCCGGGGAGGGUAAAGGUGCCGCCUAAAAGCGUGCCGAGUUAUUGGAUACGUGUUGUUGCUAGGGGCGUGGGUUGCCGUGAAAUGUUCUAGUUUCCCCAAACCUGAAAGAGAUGAAAUUGAAGAAGAAAACAGUAUUAUCAGCUGGAACGACAGAUGCGCUGAGAGCUGGGUGCUCCGACGACGUGGGGCAAGCUGUGCCGCAGUGAGCAUAAUCUGAUAAGCGCUUGUGUCCAUCCUGCACUCGGCUUCAGGACGACGCAGGAGAGGAAAAAGUAUGUGCGGAGUGUGAGGAUAGAUGAAAUUAUGCUGAGGUCACACUUCUCGGAGCUGAUUCACACUUUCACCCGGAACACCUGCUGUAUAUUUGCAUCCACCGGAGUCCGUCUCGAUGACUGCCGCGCACUUGCUUGUCCCGUGAUGUGUCUUUGGAGGAGCCGGUGCGUGCCACGGUCUAAACAUCCGCGCCUGUCCACUGUAGGCCUAUAGAACAGCUAUUUGUCUGCGGAACAAAUCACAGUUUUAUAGUAGGCGCAGGAUCUUAUGCAAUGUGGUCGAAACGGAUUUUGUGAGCUCAUAGGUUAAACUGACAGCGACAUCAGGCUUAGGUCGCCUUGCUCUGUGCUGUACUGCAGCAAGGUGGACCACCGGGGCGUGAGGUGGCAAGGAGCAAUGCACGCAUCCUCCCCGCUGGACAUUUUUUGGGGGAUGUUUUGUGUCCCGAACAAACAAAAAACAUAAGGCCAUACACCCUGAACUGGCGAACUGCGUCACCGUGUUGGAGUGUUGCAGGUAAGCAGCGAACUCUUCCACCGCUACGAGAGAGCGGCUCAUCAUCCUCCAGAAACAAUGUCGCCGGUGAGUGUUUAACAGCAUAACCGGGAUGGAUUCGGUGGAUUCAAGCAAAGAUCCGCCACUGGGAUCCACGUUUUCCUCAGCACCUAAUCUGGACUCGGACAUUAAUGCAAAUGCUUGCAGGCCUGUGUAUGAGAAUGGUACAGACCACAAUGUCAACAUACAAAACACAGCCCUGCGUGGAGCAAGUGACCCCAGCUCAUACCCCUCCACAGACUACCAGGUGCCGGUCCGCCACAGGUUUAUUCGGCGGAGCCAGUGGUUGUCAGACUCCGAAGAGCCGCCGGUGGACACACCGGAGUUCGUCAACAGCAGCCCGGCACUCAACAUCGACCUGCGAACCAUCGUUGACAGGAGUCGGGCGCGGGUUCUGCACGCGACCCGCCUCCAGGAGACCUCGAGCACGGAGAGCCAGGUGGACCUGAAAGACAUGGCCACAGAGAGCGUGAACGCGGACGAGGAGAAGGGAGGCAGGAGCGAAAGCGAGCCCAAGGCAGAGGUCGUGCCCUCCGAUGUCACAGGUAAAGCAGGAAGUGACGAAAACGAAGAGGAGCCCGGAAUGAAGGCUGUGGCCACCUCGCCUGGAGGGCGCUUCCUCAAGUUUGACAUCGAGCUGGGGAGAGGGUCUUUCAAAACUGUCUAUAAAGGUCUCGACACCGACACCUGGGUCGAAGUGGCCUGGUGUGAGCUUCAGGAACGGAAACUGUCCAAAGCAGAGAGACAGAGAUUCAAAGAGGAAGCAGAAAUGCUAAAGGCUCUCCAGCAUCCCAACAUUGUGCGAUUUUAUGACUUCUGGGAAUCACCCGUCAAAGGGAAAAAGUGUAUUGUUUUGGUGACAGAGCUGAUGACCUCAGGAACACUAAAAACGUAUCUGAAGCGCUUUAAGGUCAUGAAGCCUAAAGUUCUUAGAAGCUGGUGCAGACAAAUUCUCAAAGGCCUCCACUUCCUCCACACUAGAACUCCUCCGAUCAUCCACAGAGACCUUAAGUGUGACAACAUCUUCAUCACUGGUCCUACGGGCUCUGUCAAAAUCGGAGACCUGGGCUUGGCGACUCUAAAGAGAGCCUCUUUUGCUAAAAGUGUUAUUGGCACUCCAGAGUUCAUGGCUCCAGAGAUGUAUGAGGAGCACUAUGACGAGGCCGUGGAUGUCUACGCCUUUGGGAUGUGUAUGCUGGAGAUGGCAACAUCUGAAUAUCCCUACUCUGAAUGUCAAAAUGCUGCUCAGAUCUACCGCAAAGUGACCAGCGGGGUGAAACCUGCGAGCUACAGCAAAGUCCGCGACCCAGAAAUUAAGGAAAUAAUCGGGGAGUGCAUCUGUCACAGAUGGGAAGAAAGGUACUCCAUCAAGGACCUCCUGAAUCACGCCUUCUUUGCAGAGGACACGGGUGUGAGGGUGGAGCUCAAUGAAGAAGAUGAUGGGAAAAAAGCAUCCAUCGCUCUAAAGCUGUGGGUCGAAGAUCCUAAAAAACUGAAAGGAAAAUACAAAGACACUGGUGCCAUUGAGUUUACCUUUGAUUUGGUCCAUGAGGUCCCAGAAGUUGUUGCCCAAGAAAUGGUGGAUUCAGGUUUCUUUCUGGAUUGUGAUGUGAAGAUCGUUGGGAAGUCCAUCAGAGAUCGUGUAGCUCUAAUCAAAUGGAGGAGGGAGCGGACUGUCUCACCAAAUGGAAACAGCGAGACACCCGUGAAGAAAACUCAGCAGAACCUCCUGCAGGUUCCCAGUACAGGGAUGCCACAGGGAGCUGCAUUAGCUACUACAGAUUAUGAAGACCAAGAGUCAGAGCAGCAGACUCUGAUCUGCACCGUCCCCGCUGCCACAUCUACCACAUCUGACAGUGGCGUGAGCUCCACAAUGCAAUUAGAUGAGCUAAACAAUCAGCAGAAUGGCCCCUACCCAACGCUUCAAGAACCUGUUACCACAACUCAGAUUAUCUACAGUCCUCCUGCACAGACUGACCCUCAGCUGCACCAGGGGCCUUACCAGCAGUCCACUGCACAGUCCGUGCAGUUACACCAAGGAGCGUACCAGCAAACCGCAGGCCAGCUGCACCCUGGGACCUUUCAACAACCUGCAUCACAACUGCACCAGGGGCCUUAUCAGUGUCAAACAACAGUUCCUGCUCCAGCUACGCCAGCCACUGCUGCUAACCAGAGCAGACAGUGCUUUCCAGCUGCAGGCCCAACUCUACAGACACAGAACACUGCCCAGCCCAACCAGGAGCAGCUGUUAUCUGCAGAGCAGCCUGCUUCCCACCUGAGUCAUCCUGACACCGCUACCAGUUUUCCACAGUUAGUCUCCAGUGCUCCUUCCCCACUUCUACCCCUGCAGAUCAGCAUGCAGUUUUCCUCACCAUAUGCAGUUAUUCAAACAGGGGGCCACAAGCCUUCCCCCGUCUCCCCAGCUCCUCUGCCAUCUGUCUACAGCAGCAGUGAAUCCACUAUGUCUAGCAGCUAUUACUCACGUUCACCCCACCGUCCCUCUCUGCCUCUGAUUCCUCAUUCUGCCAUGCCAUCUAUGUCUACUCUUGGCACUCCUCUGUCCACACCUCAGCAUGUAGCCAGUGUGGCAUUCCCCCUCCCAUUUUUUGCCAUGUCCAUGUCCUCAGCAGUGCCACAGCAGCAGGGCAGCCCCUCCACAUCUCAACCAAACCUAAGUUUCCAUUCCACCCAUCCCUUACCUCUCUCUCAGGUACAACCCACCCCAUACCCUGCCCCCAAUCCUGAGCACGGUCUGGCUGAGCAGCCUGUCCAGAUACAGUCACUCACUCCUCAUGGCACUCUGGGAGACUUUCAGCAUUUGGGUGCGGUUCACUCAGUUUUGCCUACUGUUCAGACUUCUCUCUGGGGAAGGGGAACAGAUUCAGAAACUAGUGGAGCUGGCCUUGACUUAGCAGGAGCUUCUACAGUCCCAGCCCCAGCGUCAAUCCCAAUCCCAGCUAAAGUUGAUACUCAACCUCCAGCACAAAGUCUGGCUGUAGUGGGAGCACAAAACCAACUUCAAGGCCCAGUAUCAGCUCAGGCCGCAGCUAUGCCUCAAACCACAACCCUUCUUAAAUCCCCCACUUCAAUCCCAAUACAAGUUCCAACAGCAAUUCAAGCUGCAGUCUCAGCCCCGGCUCAACCACUAGUAUCAGCAUCAGGUCCCAUUUUGGAGCAAACAGAAGUCUCCUCUGUGAGCAUACUUUCAUCCAAACCCGAAAUGUCAGUCCCAGGCUUGGUUUCAGGCCCAAACACGGUCACCCUGCCAGCACCAGUUCAGUCUGCAGCUCCUGUUCCCGCUCCAGCUUCUGUCACAACUUCAGUCCCAGCUCCAGUUCUGCAGCCUCCUGGCACCCAGACAACAGUCUCAAUGCCCGAGCGUUCCAGCCUGCCUGCAACUCAGCAAACUGCAGACAUGGCAUGUGCAUCCAGCACCCCUCAACAAGAGCCCUGUGCAGAGGAGGUGCUUCAGGAAAAACCAAUAUCUUUACCCAGUUAUGAAUUUGACAGUCUCAAGUCUGAUAUACCAUCUGGUAAGGAAACAAGUGAUGGCUAUGAAAGCUUUGCUAGUAUGGGAAAGGGAGAUGGGAAACCGAGGAAACAUCACCGCAAGUCUGCCCGCGCCCGUUCCAGGCAGGAAAAGACCAGCAAACCAAAGCUGAGCAUGCUCAAUGUUUGCAACACUGGUGAUAAAAUGGUCGAAUGCCAGCUGGAGACUCACAACCACAAAAUGGUGACAUUUAAAUUUGAUCUGGAUGGAGACGCUCCCGAGGAAAUCGCUACUUACAUGGUAGAGAAUGGCUUCAUCUUGAUGUUAGAGAAGGAAAUCUUUAUUGACCAGCUGAAGGAUAUUGUGGAUAAAGCUGAAGACAUGCUGAAUGAAGACAUGGAGGGUGAAAGGGACACAGCUUUGAGUUGCAGUCCUUUACAAGUCCAGCCAUUUGAAGCGUUAGUAGGAGAGAGUCAGCAGCCUGGAGGAUCUCAACCAGUCUAUCAGCAAAAUGUUCUUCAUACAGGGAAGAGAUGGUUCAUAAUCUGCCCCGUAGAGGAGAUACCCACAUCCAGUCAGGAGACCCCCUCUGACGGGACAACUACGCAGUCACCUGGGAGCUCAGCCACUAUGCACCUUGCUGACAGCACCACUGCAAAGCCCUCCAGAGAAGAGGGUUCAUCUUCCACAAUGUCUGGGGGAAGUGGAGGUUUCUCUUAUGACGUGUAUGGAUUCUGCAGUCCUCCAAUAAUGUCCAACACAGACCCGCUCCUCCUGGCCACCCUGUCACCUCCUGUGUCUGCACCUCCGACUCUCCAGUCAGUGCCAUCAGUGGAGCCAGCAGGCAGUUCAAUGCAACACAGCAUGCAAGCCCAGACAGCCAGAACACAAACAUCAUCCCCGCAUGCUGCUUUCCCUGUGGAAGAUUCACAGGGAUCCCCUCUCGGUUCCAUCUCACCAAUCCAUGCAUCUCAGAAGUUGCCUGAUAUGACAUGCCCGGUUUCUAUUACUGACGACGUGCCCUGCUGCCCUCUGGUCAUGCCCCUCUCUCUCGAUGUGAGCACUUCACAGGUUGGAUCUCCGCUUACUCUUCCGCUCCAGGAGCCAGGAUCAGUCAAAGAGGCACCGGCUGUCUCCUACGCCCCUGCAGCACGGAGCGAGCGACCACAGCAACCUGUGGUGCUGCAUCAGCCUUUUGCCACUGUUGGAGGGACCAAAGUGUCCUCACUACCACAGAGUCCAGCACCAUCCCAGCAUGGUGCAGGCCCCAGUGAGUCCGAUGGUGAAGGAAGACUGGCUCGUAGCGGCUUUGUGGACAGCACCAUUAAAACCCUGGAUGAGAAACUACGGAAUUUGCUCUACCAGGAGUAUGCUCCCAUGUAUCCAUCCGGCAGCGCUGCAGAGACACCAGGGUCUGGCACAGAGUACAUCCAGUCUCCUCCUGGUCCAGACAGCGCAACAGGAGGCUCAGGAAACAGCACCCCAGGGCCAAUAGGGGAGGGACGCUACAGAGGAGGUGAACAGCUGCCUCAAAUUCCAGAGAGAAUGGACAGUUUGAGCGCACUGAGUGAUUCAGCUGUGUGUGCGUCCCUGUCGAGAAGACACGUUCCUCACUCUGCUUCAUGCUCUGGAGCAAGAGGUCGAUUUAAGAUCACUCCUGUUCCCCCUGAAGUGGCCAACAGACGAGAUGUGAAGCAAAGGAGCUGGAGCAGCGCUGCCUCACCGGCGCACCCUGUGGGAUACAUUAGGGACCAUGGUCAGUUUGACGCCAUGGCUACCUCCACCACAAUUGGCCGUUUCUCUGUGGUGAGCACUGAAGAUGACAUUACACAGAGGACACGUUGUAGCCGUUACUCUGCACCGCCUGAUUUCUAUCUGGACACGCCUCCUUCUAACGCCAAGCGGGGCUCUUUACCUCGUGCAAUGACAUCCGUCCCUGUGGACGUCACGGUCCACGCUCGCUUCCUCUCCUCAGAUUCAGGGGCAGAGAGCAGCCCUGCAAAGCUGACUCCUGCCACCCCGUUGCAACACUCCCGCUCUGAGCGCAGAGGAAGUGACCUCAUGAAAAGGGCAGUGGCCUUUCUCCGUCGUUCUGGUCGCAGCAGCAGCGUGCAGAGCUCUGACUCACCGAGCAGGCAUGGUGGGGUGCACGGCUCUGCCUAUGGCAGCAGCGAUAAUGACUCCGAGAUGGAGGAUUCAGACAUAAAGAGAGAACUACAGAGACUCAGGGAGAAACAUCUGAAGGAAAUCUCUGAGCUUCAGGCCCAUCAGCGAGGGGAAGUUGAGCUCCUGUAUCGAAGACUUGGUAAAGUUCCUCCUCCUGGCCUGGGAGUUGCUGCACCACAUGCCAGCCGUAGAAAGAGGUCCAGCAAGCACAGGCUGAAGCCAGGCAAACUUCUUAGCCCUCUGGUUCAACAGUUUAGAAAUGUCACAACCAAAACUGGUGACUCUAGCAGAUCCAGUGCUGCUGCAGGUACGGGUGACAACACAGUUAGUUUAAAUGGGUCUCCAGCUAAAGGGUCUUUCCCCACUCACAGCAGGGCCCGGUCAUGCACCAGCCACCUUCCCAGCUCAACCUCGGAGCCUGUGCAGACUCAGCAGCCCUGCUCCCUUAAAGGCUCUUUAUCUUCUGAUAACAUUUAUGCUGGACUACACGGAGAUGGAACUGGCACACAAGUGCCACCGGGGCAAGGCUGGUCUAAUUACCCUCAACCAUCUGAGAGAGUGACCUAUAAAUCGAGUAGCAAGCCACGAGCUAGAUUUCUCAGUGGGCCUGUGUCUUUAUCUAUCUGGGCAACACUGAAGCGACUUUGUCUUGGUAAAGAGCGUGGUAGCAGGUCUGGAGCUUCAGCAGGGGCUUCCAAUCAGUCACAGCAGCUGCCUGGGGGUGUCACACCUCCUCCACAUCAGCCGGUGAUAGGAUUGGCCCAAGCUCAAGCCAAUAACAGCAACAACAAAACAGGCACAUACAGUAGCACAUCUACGAGUGCCCAUGAUAGCAACCUGCCUGAAGACUUACAACGACUAAUGGAUGACUGGGCCCAGGAGGUUCUGAUUGUCACCCACCGGCCUCGCACUAACUCUUUGAGUAUAACUCGACCCCAGCUUUGGGAUCAGGAUCCACUUCAAACAAGUGAACAGCUUGCUAGGGCUUCAGAUUUAUCGCCAUGGACAGCUUCAGGACCAGAGGCCUGUAGUCUGCCACUGUCCUGGCCUGAUGCCCCUGGGUCAACAAUGAUCGCCACCCCGCCGGCGGGGGCACAUCCCUCUUAUCAGCAUCACUCUCCUGCUCCAUUCAGGGCCUUGCCCUCACCUCUCUCUAUUAGCCAGUGGCCUGGGUUUUUCUUUCCCCUUCCUUCAGGAGUCUUUGCCUUUCCUGCUGUGGCCUCAGCUCAGGAUACCCACAGCUCCAUUCCAGCACCAUCAUAUCAGCCAACUGACCCCAAGGCGAGGACUCUCUAAUCUCUGUAGCAUUGUGUCUUCCAACUCCGUUACCAAAAAUAUAUCUCAUUAUAGUUCUAGUCAAUCUGUACAUAAUAGUGUAAAUAUAUAUAACCAGCACGUAUGUAAUCAUAUGUACAUACUCAUCCUUAGUCUUUUUGUUAUUUGUUUCAUUUUGCAUCAACAUACCUCAUGUCCGUAUUACAAUGCAUAAUCCUUGAGUGCAGUCCACUUGUAAUUAGCUGAAUCGUGCAUUAAAGUGCAGAUUUCGUUUUCAUUUUUUUCUGUAUGUGCAUUGAAUGUACAUACUGUAUUUCUCAUUCAUAUUGUGUUUUCACUUAAACAGCUGAUGUUUGUGUUGCUCAUCUCACUCAUAUAUAUAUAAGCUGCCGAGUGUAUAUAUGAAUUAUCGUCAGUCUGUAAAUAGCUCCUGUGUUUGUACAGUUACCAUUAGAUAAUCUGUAGGUUGGUGCUGCAGUUAUGUGUCUUAAUGCAACACCUUAUUUGCCACCAUCAUGCCAUCACUGUGAAGACUUGACAUCCUGGUCACUAAGGCCAGUCGCUUUACUCUCUCUCAGUCCAAGGAUAGGUUUCAUUCUUCAUCGAUGAAAUGCUUCCAGCACAAGCGCUUGAAAUAUCCUUAAGAGAUUUGAAUGAACUUGAACUUUAUCUUCAGGUGGGAAAAAAACACCUGUGAGAGUGCCUUGAAAUGCAGUUUCCGUUUUUUGAAGAAAAGCUUUUAGAUUCAAAGCAUACUCUAGAUAUUCUAUAUAAGCUUUCACCUUCACAGGUAAAUUAUGUGAUUUGAAUAAUGAAUGUGGAUUAAAACAUGUUUAAUUUAGCAACAAAACACAGCUAAACACUACAAUCCGGUGUUGCAGUACAUUAAAUAUCAGAGAUUGUAAAAAGAUUAAUGAAUAUCCAAAGCUGAAUUAGGCUAGCAUAUACUUGUUGUAAGUUUCCUUGUUCACUGAAGUUAUGUUCUUGCGGGAUUGCUUUAGCACCUGCACAGCAGCCUGCAUGACCACACGGAUGUUCUCUGAAUCCCCACUGAGUGGUGUUCUGUGUUUAGAGUGGAUGUUGUUCAGAGAAAGUAAUUGAAAUCAUACAUAAGGAGGGCUGAAGGACUCAACACACGAGUCAAAAUCAUAAUCAUCCCAUACCUCUACUAAUGCAAUCUGUAGCUUUACAUAUUGUUGCCUUGUGGUUUUUAAGAGAUUACUGCGUGGAUGGUUGUCGUUUGAUAAAUGCUGUUGAUGUGAUAAUAUUAGGGGGGCACAUGACGAAUGUGAAUUACCGAGAAGCCACAACUGUUUGAUGUUUGCGUAAUAGGCAUAGGUUUUCAAAAUUGUAUUUAUUAGAUACUGGCCUUUUAGCUCAUGCUUAUAUGUAUUAAGGCUAAAAUGAUUCAAGGAUUUCCAAAAAAUAUAGUGCUUUCACUAUUUUAGUCAAAAACGAUACUUUAAUACAUCUCUUGCAUAAAUCAUUUACUCCCUUCCAAGAGUUCUGGGGUUGCAUAAGUCAUUUUGUGUACUUUUGAGUGCAAAUGGCACAGUCAUCUUAAGAAAACACUUGCUUUUAUAAAUGUGGUCCCUUGUUUCAGUAUGGUAAGCCAAGCAGUUCUGUAAAGGCACGAUAAACACUUUUGGGGAACCAAAACAGAAAUCUUCCAUAUUUGCAGAAUUACAGGACGCUAAAUUUCCCAUAAUGCAACACACUAGCAUCUUUACAUCAUCAGGGUUGUUAUCUUUCAACCUUUAAAAAAAUUAUUUUCAAAUUCACAAAACACAUUACGCAGACUGAGUAUAACACAUCAUAAACAGAACCUUAAAUGUAAAAUCAUUGGCAUGACCCUUUAAAAUUGUUUCACUUUUGCACAUUAAGAGAGUAAUUUAAAAUGGAUUAUUUGUCUAUAAGGUAGAUCUUUAAUAAUGACCUAGAUAAUUUUUUUUAAUCUCCUAUGCAGUAGUUUUCUUUGUGCUUUCCACUGUAACUUCUGUCUUUAAAUCUAAUGCUUGCAAUGACAGCUAGAUGUAUGAUUGCUUUUGCCUGCUAUAUCACCUGUUUUCCCAGCAGUUUCCUGACCUUGUCAGAUUGAUACCUUCUAAAAAAAAAAGCUGUACAUACUUGAAGACAUAAAUAAAUUCAUUUUUGCUUGAC